GACCCGGAAGCGGAAAGCGGCGCCUGGCGCGGGCUCCUCUGGGUAAUCUCCGCCUGCGGCUUGGGGGUUGCUUGGUAACCGUGCCCCUCCAUGGCUGUAGCUCAGGGACCAAAGACGCUCUGGGAGCAAAUCUGUGCUGAGUACGAAGCAGAGCAGCCUCCAUUUCUGCAUAGUCCUGAAUUAAAACAAGAUUCUGUGAGUACAUUUCAAGCAAAACAUCUGUAUAUGGUUUCUUUGGAUACAGGAAUUUUGCAGCCUUUACAUACAAAACAAUUAUACUCAACUUCUACUGAAUGUUCCAUUGCCCAAAAAAUAUCUUCCUUAUAUCUCGCACCGCUUCCAGCAGCACCUAAUCCAAAAACAUGUUCUCCUCGAGAAUAUUUGGAAUAUUACAUAUUUCCAAUACUUCUGCCGGGAAUGGCUGAACUUCUGCAUCAAGCAAAGAAGGAAAAGUGUUUUGAGAGAAAAAGGACCAAAUUUAUCGCCUGUGAUUUUCUGACUGAGUGGUUAUACAACCAGAAUCCAAAGAGGAAAGAUGAACCAUUCACAGAAUUCUUCUCUAUCCCUUUUGUGAAGGACUGGCUAAAGGACCACCCUAGACCACCAAUUCCUCUGUCUCUCCUAUUAUCAGAAGAAGAAGCAUGCAAAAUAAUUCAAUCAUUCUGGAGAGGUUAUCGGGUCCGCUGUGACACUGAAGUACAAGAACUGCGGCAAUGGCAAAAGCAAUUGAGAGAGGACAAGAACAUUAUUAAAAGAGUGCAAGAGUUCUGGACUAAACAGGAAAACAAAGCAGGCUUAGCUGAGAUCUAAGGAAAACUUUGGCAAAACCUGCUGCGAUUUUCUUCUAGCACCUAUGGAAUUCCAUAGACUAUUAGUCAUGGUUUUAAAAUGGUUCAGUUUUUAUCUGCUUUUUUUGUACAUCUGCAUUUUUGAAGAACAUAAAUAUGGAUCAUUCUGGAAUAUCUGAGAAUUGUGGCUCCAAAAAUGGCAUUAGAAUCUAUAAGCAAUCCACAUCAUGUGAUGUAUUUCAAAUGUUUCUUAAUACAUUCACCUGUAUUAUAGAUUAACAAAAUAUAGGGCCAACUUCUGCCCUCAGUAACACCCGUGUAAUUCCAUUUAUGUCAAUUGCCCAGAAUUUGCAUUUCUGAAGGGAACAUUAGAAUUUGAUCCAGCAUGUUUGCUAAUCCAUUUUAAAUGACUUAAGCUGAGUGUUUGUGUUCUGGGCACAUUUUUCAGUGUGUUAGCAUUUAUAUUAUCUCAUCAAAGCAUGGAAGCUUUUUUACAUGGCUAACUCCCAUGGAUAUCAAUGAGAGUUAUGCAUAUAUGUCUCCUGCUUAUUGAUGGAAAAACAAGCCCCUAAAUUAGGAUCAUACUAGUCAGAGAGAGAAAACAGUUAUUCAAUUUAUCAAGACCAUCCUACUACAUAUUUAUGAUAUAAUUCCCUGAAACAGGACAUAUUUGAUAUUAAACUGAUACUACACUUAAGGGCUUGUCUACACAUUGUUACUCCUGAGGGAAUUCUGUGCCAAAAAAUUAAAAAUUUGGUGCCAAAAAAUAAUAAUGU